CAUCAACGGGUAUUUGACGUACAAAAAACGGAUAAAGUUGGUUCAAUUUACUUAAUGAGCUUUAAGGAUUUUAAACACUUCAGUGGAUUUGAGGCGUAAUUGGUCGAAAAAUCAUGGACAAUCCCAGUGAAACCAAAUACCAGUAUUUAGCUGCGUUAAGUGUCAAUAUUAUCAGCAUAUCGUAUGGAGCUUACUGCGGGUGGCCCUCGGCCAGUAUCCUGGAGCUGGCAUCGGAUAAGAGCCCCCUUGAAACAGGUCCUUUGACCAAACACGAGCAGGGCUGGGUUGCAUCAGCUGUGUGUUUGGGAGGAUUGUUUGGAGCCAUCUUUUUUGUCCGUCUGGCUGACAAAAGCGGAAGGAAAAAAUCACUACUCUGGAUGGCAAUACCGAAUUUGCUAGGUUGGAUUUUAAUUCCUUAUGCCCGAAAUGCCAACCACUUGAUCAUAGCCAGGCUUAUUGGAGGAGCUGCUGGGGGCGGUGUUUUUUCAGUGAUUCCAAUUUAUGUAGUGGAACUGGCCUCUAAUAGUGUCCGUGGAGUUUUGGGCACGUUUCUAGUUUUGGCCUGCAGUGGUGGCGUCUGUCUUGCUUUUGUUCUGGGCUACUACUUUGACUAUGCCACAGUGUCCUGGAUCAUGGCGACCUUGACCCCAGCCUAUUUUUUCUGCUUUUGGUUUAUGCCAGAGACCCCUCAGUACUUGGCCAGCCGGAACAAGGUCAAAGAGGCCGAAUACUCCUUGCGGUAUUACCGGAAUAUUAGAUCUUAUUCAAUCAAAGAACUCAGCGGUGAUUUACAAUACGAACUGCAAAAGCUCAAGGAUACGGAGAAAACUGACAACGACGACACAAGUGACGAUAGCAACGCAGUGACUUGGUCAGAUUUUGCUGAACCGAAAACCCGAAAGGCUUUCCUUAUUGGGUUUGGCCUUAUAAUAUUCAAUCAGUUGUGCGGAUGCUUUACAAUGCUGAAUUACACGGCCGUGAUUUUUGAACAAGCCGGAGCCAGCCUGCAGCCCACAGUGGCCGCUAUAAUUGUUGGGGCCAUACAAAUGCUUGGUAAUUACGUAUCCACGAUGCUGGUGGAGCGUUUGGGCCGUAAGAUACUCCUGUUAGUUUCGGCCAUCGGAAUCGGUAUAAGCCAGAGUGUCAUGGCAUCUUAUAGCUACUGCCAGGUGAAGGGCUACCAGGUGGAGUCCUUAAAUUGGGUUCCUAUUGCAGGAUUUUCUUUCAUGCUCUUUGUGGCCGCAUUAGGGCUAUUGUCACUGCCCUUCCUGGUGAUAUCAGAACUCAUGCCUCAAAAAAUAAGAAGCACUGCGAACAUGAUUCUGAUGUCGGUUCUUUGGGUGAUAUCCACGUGCACAAUAAAGCUGAUGCCCAUUUUUACUGAGUGGCUUGGCAUGCACGGAACCGUCUUUAUGUUUGCGAGUUUUUCCUUUGGAGCUGCUAUUUUUAUUUUCAUUUUCCUGCCGGAAACAAAGGGCAAGACAGUGGAAGCCCUCUUGGCCAGUUUAUAAUCUUAGCAAGCUACAUAUAUUUUAUGAAUCGGGUACUUAAUUCUGUUAAUUUCACAAUAAGAUAUUUACUAAUUAUUUUAUAUAAUUUAGUCGUAGAGUACAAAUGUAUAUUUUAUUCUUGCGAUUAUUUGUAACAGGGAAAGGAAAUCAACAGUCCGUUGGUCUGUCUGUCGGUAUAAAAGCGUAGAUCUUAGAGACUAUACGAGCUAGUAGUAAAAGGCUUAAUAUGUACACUCCUAUAACACCCAAGUUUUGUUUCAAAUGUUUCCCACUACCCAACUCAAAAAAAGGCAUCCUUCUGUAGUACCAGCUAGAAAUUUUUCUUUAAAAAGAUCAUUACAUUUUUGUCGGGUCAUGUAGCAACCAGCAGAAUUAGUUUAUUUAUUAUGCUUAUAUAUGGAACUAAGGCCUAGUUAAUCGCAAGUCGCGUCUUUCUCAGCCGCUCGACUUCAACGGGCCUAUCCUAAGAGAGCUUUAGCUCCACAAUGUCCAAGUCGG